UCCUCCUGCUUCAUCUUCCUAAGUGCUAGGAUUGCAGACAGAAGCAACCGAGCCCAGCUUCCAGCUUCCUCUUUUUUUAAAAAAAAAAUUAAUUUUUAAAUUUUUAUAAGUAAAUUGUUAUUUUUAAUUAUGUGUACGCAUGUGUCUGUGUAUGGGUUAUGUGCAUGUGAGUGCAGGUGCCCAAUGGAGGCCAGAGGCAUUGGAUCCCUUGGAACUGAAGUCCCUUUGGAUAUGAGCCACCUUGGGACCUGAACUCAACUUCUGAGCCUAGCUCCAGAGGCUCUCUUAACAGAAUGACAGCUCAGAAAGCCCUCCCUGCACUUGGGAGCUGAGGCUGGAGGACUGCUACAUGUUUGAGAUCGGCCUGGCCUACAUGGUGAGUUCUAGAACAGCUAAGGACUACCUAGUGAGACUCUGCCUCAGAACAGAAGCUAGGAAUGGCCGUUCAAGCCUAUAAUCCCACCACCAGGGAGGUAGAGGCAGAAGAAUCAGAAGUUCAAGGUCAGACCUGGGCUGCUCAUAUGGUUUGAAAACAACAAUCCUGCUGGGUAUAGUGGCACCUGCCUUUGAUCCCAGCACUUGGGAGGCAGAGGCAAGCAAAUUUCUUUGAGUUUGAGGUCAGAAUGAUCUACACAGUGAGUUUCAGGAUAGUCAGAGCUACAUGGUGAGACCCUGUCUCAGAAACAAACAAACAAAACCAAAAAAUUCCAGAAGAACAGCGACAGAAAAUGAUUAUGCUUCUUGGGGAGGGUAUCCCUUUAAAUGGCUACUAGGAGAGAGUUCUGGAAUCUCUGCUGCCUCACAGAGAGCCACCCUCCCUCCCCCCAUCCAGUGGGCUAUCUGUCCCAGGGGACCAGGCUGUGAGUCAUUUUCUGGGGUGUAUAUGUGUAGGGGUAGGGGUGGGAAUGGCACUGAGCCAACAGGGGCCUAUAUAGGGGCAUUCAACUGAGGUGGGCAGUCCCUGGAGGGCAGUCACUGAGCUGUGAGGCCCGAAGCAAAGAUGAGGGCAUGGGGGGUGUGGAGGGCGUGGGGGUGUGGCUUCCAGGGAGGAUGUCUUAAAGGCCACUAGGACUUAGAGGAAGUCAUAAGUUCUUAGGGAAGGAGGUUGAGGAAGGGGCCAGGAACAUGGGGUGAUGGGAGAUUAUGGAAUCCUUUGUGUUUGUUUUGUUUUGUUUGAGAUAAGAGUCUCACGUAGCCCAGGCUGGCUUUACAUUCAUUAUGUUCUGAAAAAUGACCUUGUACCUCUGAUCCCCCAUCACAAUCCCCCAAGUGCUGGGAAGACAGGUGUCCCUCACUAUGCUUAGUUUAUACCACACUAGGGAAUGGGACCUAGGCAGGGCUUUGUGUACGCCAGGCAAGCACUCUACCACUGAGCUACACUUCUAGCUCCUGUUUUUUGUUUGCUUGUUUGUUUGUUUGAAUCUCACACUGUAGUCCACCGGCCCAGAACUCAUUAUGUGGUCCAGGACUGCCUUGGACUUUCAGUCUCUUGCCUCAGCCUCCUUGGUGCUAGGAUUACAGGUUUGAGCCACCAUGUGACUGACUAGUGUUGGGGAUCUUGAGGUCACCAGGCAGGAGUGCUUGGGGAGGGAGGCCUUCUGAAGUGGAGGAGCCUCCCCCACAGUCAGGGGUAUGAGCCGGUCCUACCUUGAUGUCCUAGGCAGCUGCUUCCUUGGCAUGGGGGUGAAGAGGAGCCUUCAGACUGGAGGCAAUUUGCUUAAUCUCUUGACCAGCAUCCUCACAAUACUGUCCACUGCUACCAACUACUGGAUCCGACAACAGGGAGGCCACAGUGGCCUGUGGCAGGAGUGUAGCCAUGGCAUCUGCUCCAACAUUCCCUGCCAGAACACCCUGGCGGUGACCGCAGCGUGCAUGGUAUUGGCAGCAACCUUCAGUAUCAUAUCUUUGGGGUUGGGGAUGAGGAUUCGGUGCCAAGAGGGCGAGUCACUGCGUAGCCAGAAUGCCAUUGUCUUACUUUUUCUCAGCGGGCUGUUGCUGCUGAUUGCAUUGGCUGGAUACACUGCAAAGAAUGCCUGGAAGCCGGAAGUCUUCUUCUCCUGGUCCUACUUUUUCGGAUGGCUGGCUUUACCCUUCUCGUUUCUUGCGGGCUUCUGCUUUCUGCUGGCGGACAUGAUCAUGCAGAGCACCGAAGCUAUCAGCGGGUUCCCAGUGUGCCUGUGA